AUGGGCUAUGUGGCGGCGGCCGUGGCGGUCUUCUGCUUCGGCAGCAACUUGGUCCCGGUGAAGAAGUUCGAGACCGGCGACGGGAUGUUCUUCCAGUGGAUCCUGUGCACGGGCAUCUGGCUCACGGGCCUCGUCGUUAACGGCAUCCAGGGCUGGCCCACCUUCGAGCCCAUUGCCAUGAUUGGCGGCGUGCUCUGGUGCACGGGCAACCUCCUCACCGUCCCCAUCAUCAAGAUGAUUGGCCUUGGCCUGGGCCUCCUCCUCUGGGGCUUGACCAACUUGAUCAUGGGCUGGGCCACCGGUACCUUCGGGCUGUUUGGCCUCAGCUCCAACGAGAUCAAGACGCCCUGGCUCAACUACCUGGGCAUCUCACUGGCUGUGGCCUCUGUCGGCGUCUACGCCUUUGUCAAGCCCACUGUCAAGAAGAUUGGUGAGGACGAACACUGCGACGUGGAGGAACACCACUCCGUCAACGUAGGCAGGCUCGAGGAUUCCUACUUGAUCACCAACCCUGGCCACGCUGACCACAAGGGCCACAGCAAGGAGCAGGACGAUUCGUUUGCCUUCAUUGAACGCCUGCCUUCCGCCACUAAGCGCGUGCUCGGCGUCAACUUCGACCCUCCGCAGUGGCUGAUCGACCACUGCGAGCCGUGUGACCACUCGGGUGGCCACAGCAGCAAGGGUCUUGACUAUGUUUGGUCUCACUUCUGUGGCAUCUUCCUAGCCUCGACUGUCUACUUCUUGCUCUACAGCUUGUUGAAGCGCAACAAGCCAGCCAUCAAUCCGCAAGUCGUGCUGCCCGGCAUCGUUUCGGAGCUGGGACUGACCGUUUCGUUCCCCAUCAUUGCGACUGGCCCGGGCGCCGUUGGUUGUCUGUGGGGCAUCCUCCUCUUUGGAGAGAUCAAGGGCGGGCGCAACUUCCUCUUCUUUGGCGCGGCUAUCGCGCUCAACGCCGUCGGCGUGGCCCUCAUCACCCUGGGCAAAUCUGUCAGCGUGUAA